UUCGGCACAUUUCCAUAUUAUUUUGGACCGAAAAUUAACAUUUUUGAAUGUUUAGUAAUAAUUUAGUAUUUUAAAUUAGGACGCAUACUUUCUAACCUUUUUUGUAGUCAGUAUGGGUGCUUUGCGGCGCUUUAUGAUGACUUGGCGUUGUCUAGUGUGCUUUACUUUGUCUAAUAUGUUAAUCCUACAGCUUUUUUCCUCCUUCGUACCGAGUUAUAGGAAAAUAGUCUUGAUUUAGAAUUAUUCUAAAAGUGUGACCGCAGUGAAAAGAACUUCUCUGAUGGAGCUUGAUGGCAAUUUUCUAAUUUUAUUGCCGUUACCUUCUUCGUGGUAAAAGAGAAGGCAUAAAUAGAAUGACCCUAAUACAUUUGACUGAAACAAAAGCAAAUCUAUUCUUACUGUUACAUAUUAAAUAUCAAUACAAAGUUACAGCCGCGAUAUGUGUUCUACGCAAUCUAUUUUGGCAAUUCAGUAAUAGCUUUUACAAUUCAAAUGUGAUUAAAUAAUGAAACUAGUAUUUGCCGGAGGUGAUUUUUAAGCUAUUCAAAUAGGAAUCGGUUUGAAUUUCAUGACUGUCAAAUGACUUGGCCGUUAGUUUUAUUUACUGUUACACGAACGGUAUUAAGCAUUUCAUUCUAUACACAGGGAGUCACAGAAGAAAAAUCGUUAGUAUGCCUUGACAAAGCCUGCUCUUAGGUUUGUAUAGAUGCUAGAUCUAAUGCGUAAGUGGUCGAUGGCGUUAAUUUGGAAAGCGGGUUAGAUCUAGCAGUUGACAGAAAAGAUUGCACCUGUACUACUUCCUAUAGAAUGAUUUCAAGCCAUAUCGCAUUGUUCUCGAUGAGAAAACCAACUAUUUAGAUCACGUAUACAGAUGACGUAUAUAACCUAUUGUUGCCGUUCUACGCUUAGAGAAUGUUCCGAUGCCACUGCAGACAGGUCUAAAUUAUUGGUUCGAGUCCCGUAAUAGAUAACGUCUUAAUUGCUUGAUGACAACGUAUAAAAUAUUAUAGUAUACAUGAAUGUUUUGGUUCCCACAGUGGCUAAGCGAUAUAUGCACCCAUUGAUUCCGGCAGUGUUGGCUCUUUUAAUGUCCCUCUGUUGUAAGAUACUAGAAAAUAACGCUACCAGGCUGAAGCGUACCCAUUUACUCAUAACAGAAUCAACAGGCUCUUCUCCACCUAAAGAAGCGAAGCAGAAGUUGUACGGCGCUGUUAAUUAUUGCUUUAAUGUACCACAAAAAGCUCCGAAGAAAGAGAGUUAAUAAUCUAUCUUUCUUAGCUUAGUUAUAUUUCUCAGCUUAAUUGUUUUUGUGCAAAAGCAAAGGUCCAUAUUUUCGGGUUGAGGAGCGGUGAGAGAGGAAACAUUUAUUGAUACCACAUUAAAAAACUUGGUUCGACAUCUUUUUGAUAGUUGACUAAUCCAGAAUUUAUAUUAAAAGGCUUAGUCAUUACCCUAAUAUCUGAUGAAACUGAUACAGUAAUAAUUGGCAAAACCAAAUUGCUGACGACACUCAAUCGUGGAUGACGGCGAAUGCCAGUAACGUUAGAUGAAAACAAUGCUUCCCACUACACUUUUCCAGUCAGGUCAAGUUUACAAGAAAAAAUAAGAAAUUCUACCAUUUUGAUCGAUAGUCCGGACACACUCAUUCUCGCGCACUGGCAUAGUAUAUAAUAAUAUCGUUGAGGUUAAAAGUUAAUUUUUAACUAGGUCGAACUGUUUUGUUAUUCAGAGCGUACUUGUAUCUCAGGUAAUGGCUUAAUCUGGAUUUUGCAAUGCAGAUAUGACAGCUUCUUGAAAAUAGCCAGACGUGUAUUCGCCAUGCUGUUGUUUACACGUGCGAUCGAUUAUAAGUACCGAAAUAUUUUGCAAACACACUGUCCGGUUGUACGGUAGGUGUUGUUGUUCCAAUAUCCAUUGUGAGUUUCUUUUAGUGGCGUCACGCCGUGUGACAGUCACCGUGAGUGCAUUAAACGACAAACUGCUACGUGGCGGCAGAUUAUCACAAACUGGCACCUAAUGUAUUGUCUCAAAAACAAAAAGCCACUAUUUCCAUUUCGAAGGUCGUCGUGACGUGCGUAUGAAGGGUGACAUCAUCUUCCACCACAUACGGUUAUCAAGCAAAGAUGUCUGCGUGUCUUUAUUGGUUUAUGGGUGUACACCGAGAAAGACAGGCACAAAGUUGUGAGGGGUUUUCAAGUGAAGUUGCUUUCAGCAAAGCUUUCAAUUUAAUUGCUUUCGAUUUCUCUCUGAGGAAACAUCAUUCAUUUUAGCAGGUGAACAUCUGGCGGAAUCGAUUUAACCGUCAUAAUAGACAGUUUCGGACGUUCUUCAUAUCGUCGGUCCCUGCCACCGCGUGGAGUUUCACGAUCGGAGCCAAAAUGACAACUAUUGACGCUGUUAAGAAGUGCGACGAGUUGUACGAAGCUGGAAACAUAAUAGAAGCUCAUCAAGCUAUUAUGGUCGCUAAGGACGAUCCCGAUCCAGAAGUGCAAUGGAGAGUUGCUCGCAUGCAGUGGAAAGUGGCUGAGAAAAGUGGAAGAGCGGAAGAAAUGGAGCGGGCUAUUAAGGAAGGAGUUAUAAUGCUGCGUGCUAAUCUAGAGAAAAAUCCAAAGUGUCCAAACACGCACAAAUGGAUCGCGAUCCUUCUGGGUUCAAAGGAACAGCAUGCCACGUUCAAGGAGCAAAUUGAAGAAGCUUUUCUAAUUAGGGAUCAUCUUCAGAAGGCCAUCGAGUAUAACCCAGACGACGGAUAUGCUCAUUAUAUCCUUGGGAAAUGGUGCUAUCAAGUGGCAUCUGUGUCAUGGUAUAAAAAGAAGGCUGCCGCCGCGUUGUUUGCUUCGCCUCCAGAGUCCACGUACGAGAUUGCACUUGAACACUUCAAGGAUGCUGAAAGAUUAACACUUGCUUUUUGUGCGGUAUUUUCCGGCUAUGGGACGUCAGUGAAGGCAGAUAUCUUUUCGACAUGCUUCCUUAUGGCAGCGCAGUGUUUGGUGCAGAUGGGCAAAAAUAAAGAAGCAAGUGAUUAUCUUCGAAAAUGCGUUCAAAUGGAAAAUCGGGAUGAUGAAUCCAAGAAAAAUGCAGAGGAAGCUCGCAGAAUCGCAAAAAAGAAUGGCAUCAAGCUAUAGUGACCAGAAAACCUGUGUAGAUAUUACCAUGUGAUGUAUGUUAUUGGGCGACAACGAAAACGACGAUCGACUGCCGGUACAGCGUUCUAAUGUUACACUCGUGCAUUUUGGUGACUAUGUAGUCACCAAGAUGUAUAUAAAACUAAUUCUAUAUGAAAUCAAAAUACUCGCUCAUCUCGAUGGUGGAAAGACGCAACAAGUUCUGAAUGGAUCUUACGCGUGGCUCUCUUUCAGCCGCCCAUGCACAGUGUACCGAUGUCAUUUGUCACACAGUAUUAGAAAAAUAAUUGCACUUCUUAGCAGCAAUGUCCUCUGAAUUUAUGUGCGAAGUAACUGAAAGGCGCCAGGUAACUGCAAUGAGUAUUCCAUAUGAAUUAUUUGCCCAACUUCCAUGUUUAUAGUGACAAUCGAACAUGGCCAAUGUGAGGUACGCUAAACGUAGCCGUUGGCAGUAUCCUUUUUCGCUGCCAAUCGAAUAUAAUGGUUGUGGUUCGUUUUAAAUAUCGUGAAUGUGCCGAUCUUGCAGACAAAACUAUGAAUGACAAAAGGCUCGUGUUUUUAGUUCAGUGACAAUUUUGUCUUCCAUCCUAAUAACUUGGUGAACGGUGGUGGAUGGUAUGGCAUUUUUAUUUUGACCCUUUACUUUAUUAUUACGAAGCAAUGAUAGAAGUUGGUAUACAGUAAUGGAUUCAUGGACUUAAAAUUUUUGUAUUAUGGACUUAUUACAUAGGUGUAAUACAUCGCUUUGCUGUAUGUUCUGGAAAAAUUUAUAAUAAAGGUUAAAAAAGACCGAUAUUGUUCUAACGAAGAAAGCUGUGAUCAACCUACAGGAGCUAAUAUGACACGAUUUUCGUAUACGUGAAAUACAUUUUGAAUUGUUAUAUGUUCUUUAA